GAAAAUUGAAUUUAUGGCCUAAGCACCCUAAUUUUCUAUCACUAUUUUAUAUCACCAUCUACAUAAAUACUUAUGAAUAGUUUUUUAGUUUGAAGAUAAUUAUUAAAAAAAUUAAUACCUUUCCACAUAGCUGGUGAUAUAAAAGAGAAAAAAAUAAUAAUAAAUAAAAUAAAAUAAAAAAGUAAUACAUAGCAGAACUGAUUGCUAAUUAUUUUACGGAGUUUCUUGCAAGCUACCAAGUUUAGAGAGAGAGAGAGAGUCAUGGAUAGCAAGCAACACAGUAUCUUAAUGUUGCCAUGGUUAGCUCAUGGCCAUAUAUCACCCUUCUUGGAGCUAGCCAAGAAACUCUCACAGAGAAACUUUAAUGUAUACUUAUGUUCUACACCAAUCAAUCUAAAACACUUCAGAGAAACCCUUUCUCUCAACCUAUUAUCAUCCUCGAUACAACUCAUAGACAUCCACCUUCCUUCCUCACUAGACCUUCCUCCUCACUACCACACCACCAAAAACCUCCCUUCCCACCUCCUAUCUGCCCUCAUAACCACCUUUGACGACGCCAAACCUGCUUUCUUCACCAUCCUCAAGACCCUUAAACCCGACCUCGUCAUCUACGAUUUCCUACAACCAUGGGUCCCAAUAGUGGCUCAUGAAGAAAACAUAGAGGCUGUUCUUUUCCUGACAUGUAGCGCGGCAAGCUAUUCUGUUUUAACUCACUGCAUCAAUGAUCCAAACAAGGAUUCCCCUUUUCAAGAACUCAAUUUCUCGAAAGAUCAGGGCGAUAAAAUCAUUUGGUUUCUAGAUUACACUUCGAAUGGUGUCACAAACAAGGAAAGGUUCCUAGGAUGCAUCGAAAGGUCUUCGAGCUUCGUGUUGAUCAGGACAUCAAACAUAAUCGAGGCCAAGUAUGUUGAUCAUUUCUGUGGUUUAGUGAGUAAAGAGAUUGUUCCAGUUGGGCCUCUCGUUCAGAACCCUACAAGAAAUGGUGAUGAUGAAGUGAUUAUGGAGUGGUUGGACAAGAAAGAGGUUAGUUCCGCUGUGUUUGUUUCCUUUGGGAGUGAGUGUUUUCUUUCCAAACAAGAGAUUGAAGAGAUAGCUCAUGGGUUAGAGCUCAGCACAGUGAGUUUCAUAUGGGUUGUUAGGUUUCAUGGAGGAGAGAAAACUAGGGUUCUUCAUGAAGUCUUACCAGAAGGAUUUUUGGAGAGGAUUGGAGAUAUGGGUAUGGUAGUAGAGGGGUGGGCCCCACAGGCAAAGAUUUUAGGGCAUCCAAGCGUUGGUGGAUUUAUGAGUCACUGUGGUUGGGGUUCAACCUUAGAGGGUGUGAUGCUUAGUGUCCCAAUCAUAGCAAUGCCUAUGAACGUUGACCAGCCCUUCAAUGCCAAGUUGGUGGUGGAGAUUGGUGUGGGCAAGGAGGUCAAGAGAGAGAAUGAGAAUGAAAGGUUUAAGAGAGAGGAAGUGGCAAGAUUGAUCAAACAAGUGAUGGAUCAAGAAGAUGGGAAGGAGGUGAGAACGAAAGUUAAAGAAGUGAGUGAGAGGAUGAGAGAGAAAAGUGGAGAACAGUUUGAUUUGGUGAUGGAGAAAUUGGUGCAGAUUGUUAGGAAAUCAUAGAGCUUUGGGAAAUUUUUCAACAAAUUGUACUUCUUUCACAAAAGUUUUAUGCAGUUGGAAUUGUUGUUCAGAUCGUGACUGAGAGAGAGACUCGGUAUUCUGCAACAACUUUUAGUUGAUCAAUUUUACAUUUUGGCCCUUACAAUAACUGCUAAAUAAGAAAAAAAUAUAUAAUAUUGUUGAGACUUUCUAAGGAUCAAAACUGUGGCAGUAUUCAUAUCAAAGGUAUGAUGUGUUUUAUAUAAUAGAAUAGAUUAACAAUAUAUGGUGAUAGUAGGAUAAAAUAAAAAAUUUGUGAAAAUUUUGGACUUCUUGAA